AGAACUACAUGCAAAUUACAUUAAAUUUUGCAGAAAAUUUAAACUCCACAAGAAGUCAUCUAAAUGUCACAAUGAAAGUCCUUUACCUGCAGUUUCUAUAUUGAAACCACUAAUGGGCAUCGAUCCGAACUUGGAACACAACCUUGAAUCAUUUUUUACAAUGGAUUACCCAGUGUAUGAGUUAUUAUUUUGUAUUGAAGAUAGUGUGGACCCAGCUGUAAGUACUGUUGAAAGCUUAAUGACUAAGUAUCCACAAGUGGACGCUACUUUAUAUAUGGGUGGUUCAAAGGUUGGUGUUAAUCCAAAAAUUAAUAAUAUGCAACCUGGUUAUUCGGCCGCCAAACAUGAACUGAUCAUGAUAUCGGACAGUGGUAUUAAAAUGAAGAACGAUACUCUUUUAGAUAUGGUAAACAGCAUGACAUGACUUGUGCAUCAAAUGCCGUUUACAUGUGAUCGCGAAGGAUUUGCUGAGAAGGUUUUUUUUGGUACGGUUCAAUCGCGCAUAUAUCUAUCUGCUGAUUUAUUGGGCAUCAAUUGUCAUACUGGAAUGUCAUGCUUGUUACGCAAAUCAGUAAUUGAUGAACUUGGUGGUUUAAAAGCAUUUGGCUGUUAUUUAGCUGAGGAUUUCUUUAUUGCUAAAGCAAUAAGAGACAAAGGUUGGAAAAUGCGAAUAAGUAAUCAACCUGCAAUGCAAAAUAGUGGUAUUUGUGACAUAAGCAGUUUUCAAGAACGGCUCAUACGAUGGGCGAAACUACGCGUAGCUAUGGUUCCGACAACAAUACUUCUUGAACCGCUCUCUGAGUGCAUGGUGUUGGGAGCUUUGGCAUCAUGGUCUGCGGAGAUACUAUUCAAUUGGGAUCCGUUAGUAUUUUACUUAAUACAUGUACUGACAUGGUUUUUAUCCGACUGGAUAUUACUUUCUAUUGUACAGAAUGGGUCAUUAUCGUUCCAUAAGUUUGAAUUUGUUGUUGGUUGGCUUUUGAGGGAAAUAAGUGGGCCUUACCUGUUCCUGCAUGCGCUUUGGAAUCCAGCAAUAAGGUGGCGUAGGCGAACAUAUAAGCUACAAUGGGGUGGAAUUGCGUAUGAGUUGCCGUCAGUCAAUAUAAAUUUGAGUACAAAACGUUUACUAUUAUCAUAGCAUAAGCUAACAAAACAAUGUUACCUACAAUUUAGUUCAAAGCUAGUGUUUCUGUUUUUGGUUUUCUAAGAAUAUUAAAUAAUUUUAAGGUAGGGUAUAUAUUUCUGCAACUAAACUUGUAAUUCAGAGAGUGUGCUUUAUAUGCAUAUGUAGACUACUUGUGUCAUAAGUUCAUCAUAAUUAAAUCUAUCGUUAAAAUGAAACAUA